UGUUAAUUGAAUGCGUUAAUCAGGUCGGAAGCCCUUACACUCGGUUCGGUCUUUCGGUUGCUGCCUGCCUGCUGAUCCACUCACAUUCCGCCUUGCUGCUGGCACGCUCGCCACACUCUUAUCAGCGGUUUUCGCGCGUGUUUUCCGAGUCGAGUGUGGCUGAGUGAGAUUUCUGUCGCCUGCCCCCGAUCCUUUCCCAGACUAGGCAGUGUGCGCCCACCGAAGCGUUGCAGGAGCGACAUGGACAACACCUCCACGUCGGACAUUGUCAUCAUCAAUGGCAACUCGCACCCGGAUCUCGCCAACAUGGUCGCCGAUCGCAUGGGUCUGAAGAACGGCGGCUGUUCCGUCUUCCACAAGUCCAAUCGAGAGACGAUUGUCGAGAUCAGUGACUCGGUGCGGGGCAAGGACAUCUACAUCAUCCAGACGGGCACCAAGGACGCGAACAACAACAUUAUGGAGCUGCUAAUCAUGGCCUACGCGUGCAAGACCUCGUCGGCCCGCUCCAUUGUGGGCGUGAUCCCGUACUUGCCGUACUCGAAGCAGUGCAAGAUGCGCAAGCGUGGCUGCAUCGUCUCGAAGCUGCUGGCCAAGAUGAUGUGCACCUCGGGCCUCACGCACAUCAUCACGAUGGACCUGCACCAGAAGGAGAUCCAGGGCUUCUUCGAUAUACCCGUGGACAACCUGCGGGCCUCGCCCUUCCUUCUGCAGUACAUCCAGGAGAGCAUACCCGAAUAUCGCAAUUCCGUGAUUGUGGCCCGCAAUCCAGGCGUAGCCAAGAAGGCCAACUCCUAUGCGGAGCGGCUGCGUUUGGGCCUGGCCGUCAUCCAUGGCGAGCAAAAGGAGGCAGAAAGCGACGAGGUCGAUGGCCGCUACUCGCCUCCGCCGACCAGAAACUCUACUCCACAACACGCACCCAUCAGCAGCAGCAGCCGACAGCGCACCACCUCGGUGUCGGUGGGCGUGCCGGAGCAUCCGGUGAAGGUCAAGCCGCCACUCACGAUCGUGGGCGAUGUAAAUGGACGCAUAGCCAUCAUGGUUGAUGAUCUGAUUGAUGAUGUCCAGUCAUUUGUGGCCGCCGCCGAGAUGCUGAAGGAGAACGGAGCCUGCAAGAUCUACGUGCUGGCCACGCACGGUCUGCUCAGCUCAGAUGCGCCCCGUCUGCUAGAUGAGUCCUGCAUUGAUGAGAUCGUUGUCACCAAUACCAUUCCACACGAGAUACAGAAACUGCAGUGCCACAAGAUCAAGACGAUCGACAUCUCCAUACUGAUCGCCGAGGCCAUACGCCGCAUCCACAACAAGGAGUCCAUGUCGUAUCUCUUCCGCAACGUUACCCUGGAGGACUAAGGAUCCCCUGCGAACACUACACACUCAUCCCAUGUAUCCCAUAUACUCACCCACACUUUUUAGUUCAUUCUGUUGAGGUCCCAAAAAAUUUUCAUCCCCGGAUCCUUCGGGGUGCUAUGUUCUUCUUUAUAUUGCUUGUUUUUUCGCUUUAGAAACCAUUGCAAGGCGCCCAGCGCUCGCUCGUUUGCUCAAAUAAACAAAUAAUCCAGUCCAAUAACACUUGUACACCGGCUAUCAAGGCAUACUUUCAGGCAUUACCUUACGCCCAACAACACCCACUCCACUAUACUACACUACAAAGCAAGACUUUCACUCCACUCGUUUCGUGCUUCUCCAGGGCACCCUCACCAGCUCUCUCUUGUAGUCUUAAGCUCUAGCCCACAGUAGUUUGUCGAAAUAAAAUCUGAUUGUACUCAAA